CUGCCAGCGGAGAGCGCUCAGCCUCCCCACUCCGCUCCUCUCAUUGGACACGCGGCACGCUCGUCACGAGGAGCCAGCUACGGGGAAUUCCCUAUCCGCGUGCUCCGCCGGAAGUGGACGCCCCUCUGCCUUUCCGCCAUUGGCCCUGAGCCGCUGUCAGUCGGCUUCACUCACGCCGAACGUCGACCGCCUCUCUGGCUCUCCGUCUGCCGUCAUAUUGGCUGCUGGAGGCAGCAGCGACCACGGCUGAGUCGAAGGACCCCCACCAUGACGAAGAACGGGCUGUCUGCGGCACUUGAAGAAUGAUUCAACUUUUAACAACACCAAGUAUUGAACUAAAUCGAGGAUGAAAUAUUCGGGAUGACGCCUGCAACUGUCGUACCUCCAGCGCUUUCCUCCGACGCCGCGGUCCGCAGAGGGGAUGUGUGCCUGACUUCUCCUAAUAGCCAUUUUUUUGCAGACAAAGAGAGCCGUUGAAUAAGGGCUUCCACCAGGCACACGGGUCCCAGGGCCACCUGUUGAUGAAGAAAGUGGGCAACAUGUGGAGCAACCUGAAGAACAAAUGCCAGACGCUGUUUCACAACAACAGUUCAGGACCCAGUGAAAGCAGUGUUGAGGCAGAUGCCGUCCACUGUGUCGUGGAACUUGGCCAAGGAGGCAGCUCAGGUGAUGCGCACGCAUCAGGAGCCUCCAGCCCAUCACGGAGCCUUCUACCAGUGCCAAUGGUAACAGCAGGACGCCGCCAUCACAACUGUGUGUCGGAUAUCCCUCAGUUAGUAGAGAUCAGUAUCGACAAGGACACUGAGGAUGUGCGAGGGGGUUCGGGGGGUGUUCCCAUGGCCAGGAGAGACUCCUAUUCCCGUCAUGCUCCAUGGGGGGGCAAGAAAAAACACUCAUGUUCCACCAAAACCCAGAGCUCCCUGGAGGCAGAUAGGCGGUCUGGGCGUUUACGAGGGAGUGGGAACCGAAGGGAUAGGCGUUAUGGAGUCAGCUCCAUCCAGGAGAUGAGCGACUCUGUGUCUGGAGGACGCAGUCUGAAUGCCCGGUCUUUGCGUCAACGGUUAAGCGAUACAGUGGGAUUGUGCUUACCCCUCCCUACACGCAGAGGCUCCCGUUCAUCUAAAAACCCUGUCACCUCCAAACGCAAGAUUCACCUUACAGAGCUCAUGCUAGAGACCUGCCCCUUCCCACCUGGCUCAGACCUUGCUCACAAGUGGCACUUGAUCAAGCAACACACAGCACCGGUCAGCCCGCAUUCCUCCACUGCCCUGCUCGAUGCUUUUGACCCGGCCCACACCUCUCCUGAGGAUGAGGAGGAACGUCUACGUGAGCGCCGUCGACUAAGCAUCGAGGAAGGUGUGGACCCACCACCUAAUGCACAGAUCCACACCCUGGAGGCCUCAGUGCCAGGCUCCUCUCUCUACAAACUGGGACCAAAGAUGGCUCCUGGCAAUGGAGAGGCCUCUGGGGACGGCCGGGCCUCAGGGACAGGCAGUUCCGUGGUUGCUGGAUCAUCAGGGGCCUGUGGGCAGGUGUUGGGGGCUUCAGCGUCAGCCCAGGACUGUGACUCCGAGGAGGAUACGACCACCCUCUGUCUGCAGGCCAGGAGGCCCAAGCAGAGGCACGCCUCUGGGGACGGUCACCUGACCCGGCAGCAGCCUGGGCCCUGGAAAGUUCACACCCAGAUAGACUAUAUCCACUGUCUGGUGCCAGACCUAUUGCAGAUCACAGCUCUGCCCUGUUACUGGGGGGUGAUGGACCGCUACGAGGCUGAGGCGCUGCUGGACGGACGGCCAGAGGGCACCUUCCUGCUGCGUGACUCUGCCCAAGAGGACUACCUCUUCUCCGUUAGCUUCCGCCGUUACAACCGCUCACUGCACGCCCGCAUCGAGCAAUGGAACCACAACUUCAGCUUUGACGCUCACGACCCUUGUGUAUUCCACUCUUCCACCGUCACCGGACUGCUGGAGCACUACAAGGACCCCAGCGCCUGCAUGUUUUUUGAACCGUUGCUCACGGCGCCUCUCCAUCGAACCUUCCCCUUUGGCCUGCAGCACUUGGCACGAGCUGCCAUCUGCCGCUGGACCACGUACGAUGGUAUAGGCUCUUUACCGCUGCCCCCUGCCCUGCAGGACUUCCUCAAGGAGUAUCACUAUAAACAGAAAGUACGAGUACGCUGGCUGGAGAGGGAACCGCCACUCAAGGUCAAAUAGGGCGGGCUUCUCCGUUGCCUGUAGACACACACUGCAGGAGAUCGUAGAACUUGAGAAAUUCCUCAUUAGCCAAUUAGAGGCUAUACUGAUAUGGCUCUUUUUCUCUGGUGGGGGAUGGAAUUUAAAUGUAACAAGCUAUACAAGAUUCAUUCUAAUCUUUGUUUUAGUUAUUACUUACAUCACAGAAAAUACAUAUGAUUAUAUUCAGUAUAAUGCUGUCUGGCAAGCACAUGUUUUUGUGUUGAACAGGUUGUUUUGACAGGAAGGAAAAGGCACAAAUAUCGGUGCUUUGUGUCCUUUCUCUCCCGCUUGUGCUCAGUGUCUGCCUGAUCCCACAACAUAACCCUGUAGAUCUGCCUGCAUGCCUCCCAUGUUCAUCCCAAAAUGCUAUUUAGGCCCCACAUGGCAAUGUUGUACAGUUCACCUUGUGCUUUCUCUAAUUUUUUUUCCCCCCUUACCUUGUCAAAGCACCUAGUGGAGCACCUUCCCCAAGAGGUUGUGUGUGGGUUGAGAGGGCAUCUGGAGUUGCUGCUGUUGGUAUAUUGCAGUCAGAGCUUGUCCCAUGGAUAAAGCUACUUAAGGCACAUUCUUUGCCAUCUCUUUGCACACGAGCACCAACUAAGCCAGAGGCGGAGGGACUGAUUCUGAGGGGGGGUCCGUAGAGUUCAGGACAGCACAUAAGGGAAAUGAAGUGCUUUCUAAGGAUAACAGAUUAGUCCUUAGAAACACUAGUUCCUUCUUGUUGGUAUGAUAAACUUUAAAUCAGUCUGUGUCCUAUUCAGUGAGCAGGUUUUUUUCUCGACUUCUUCUGAAACAGGAGAUUGAUAACAGAUUAUAAGGAAAUAUUCUGACAAAUCUCGGUACAGAUGUCAAAGCGGUCUGUCAGUUCUUCACUCGCCACGGGCUCUUCGACUCUCUGCACACGUUGUUCCUUUCUUCCCCUAUGAAAUUGAGCUCCUAGGCUAACAUUUGAGCAGUCUGGUGUCUUUAUGGAAUUAAGCUUAGGCUUUAUAGGGUUUAGUUUUAACACCUGCUUCCUUCAAUCGGCACUUUUUCAAUAGCAUCUUGCUUUGCAGAGCUUUGACCCCAUGUAUCCAAGUUGGUUAUUGUUCUUUUAUUUUCACUGGACACUUGAAAACCUUGGUGCAAGCUCGCUGUGCACUUUGGUUAUCACGACGAGGUGUUUUCUGAGAAGUUGAGGGCGUGUGUUACAAGUGGUAGGUGAAGACAAUCAAUUGAAAAUUCAAAAUGGCAGUGUCCUUUAAACAUCUUGCUAGUGAAGAUAGUGACCUAAAACCCUUGUGAUAACAUCGCCGUUCCGUUUCCCUCCUGCGUCUUUAUUUAUUUUAUCCAAUCAUGUUAAAUGUGUCGAGCUGUUCUUAUGAAGAGCGCCGUGCCACCAACAGGAAAGUGGUCAUGUGGGCUUUUCUUCACAACUUAUUACUGUGAGGUCUCGACCCAACAAAUCCCCUCGCUGCCUGGUUGCAUUUAUAGUCAUUGCAUUGAGUGCACUCCGCGCUCGACUCUCAAGAGGUCAGCAUACACUUGAGAGCUUUAGUUAUGUAAUCGGAAUGAAUUUAAGUUGUGUGGCUUGGGACAAAAACACUGCUGGUCGUUACUGUUGUGUUCUCAGCGUGAAUAGAAAACAAGUGCAACCUAUGUGCCUUCUUUUUUGAAAACCAUUUGUCUUGUUCCAUAAUUAGUUGCUUUGUAGUCUAAAACCCGGAGGUGCACUAGGACACUGAAGAGAAGAACAAUGAAGAGGUGCACGAGCUCAAAGCUCACUCACUUCUGACGCGCUACAGACAAAAAUAUUAGCGGUGCUCUUUUGGUAAAGACACGGCAGGUUAUUGAAAUUUAGAGAUAAACGUAAGUUACAUCAGUUCUCACUCACCAAUGCAUGCAUUAGUCUCCAGCCACAUUCUGACUCGUGUGGUAGUGUUAGGUCAUUAGAGGGUUUGAUGCCGGCCCUACUGUACCAUAUUUUAGCACUAGAUAUUCGUCUUUGUCUGGCACUCACUGUGCCCAAGUUAGUCUCAGCGGCAGUAUUUUUUUUCUUCUUUUUUAUUAGUUUUAAUAAAACACAUUUGCAAGUUGGAGAAUGAGAUGGGUGCAGACAACGCAAGAGAGAUUCCCCUUCUUUUUAAAUCACUAUAACUAACUAGAAGAUAUGUAGAAGAAAAGAACUGCAGGCAAUGUGCAAAACAAAAAAUAUUGAAGCUGAAACACACAAUGAGCAGAUGACUAGUUAAUUUUUAGUCUGUGUGCGUGUGUCUGUGUGUGUGUGUGUGCUCAUGUGUCAUGCGUGCACAUACCGUAGAUGGAAGGUUAUUGUGUUCUCACUAGUGAGGACGAAUCACGAACAAAUGUCAGUGCGUAUUCUUGCCCACGAGUAUCUGAGACUGUGACCAAAGCUCUCGCACGCAGCUGUGUACUAACUACUGGGAUAACGCUUAUUGCAGUGCUAAAUAGUGUUUAAAUUAAACUAAAUUAUAUUUUAGUUUUUACAAACAAAUUUAAGCUAGUUCCGUACUAUGGUUAUGUAAGACUUGAGGCUGCUCGUCUUUGCUACAACUUGUCUCUCUGGGAGUCAACUGGCCGUGUCCAGCUUACAUUUACUCCCUGAAACUCCAAAGUCGUCCUUUUUUAAACAUCAGGCAGGCAACAGUACUAUUUUUAUGCAGUUGGUUUAAGAGAGUUAAUAUUUCUCAUAUCUCACUAACCUUUUCUUAGUUUCUAUACUGCUUUGUGAAUCGACCAGCAUCUAGUGAACAUUUUCCAUGGCCCAUCACUUGGUUGUCAGGAGUUAUGAAAACCACACACUUUGUGUUGUAGAUUUAAUUUUAUGAACUGAUAAAUAUUGCCCAUCAGUCUACUCAGUAACUGUGAGAACCUGUUUUUAAGAAUUCAAUUUAAAAAAUCUUUUUUUAUUUACUCAAGUAUUCAGACCCUUGUUGAGCUGGACGAUCAUCUCUCAGAAGAGCCCUGUGGCUCCCAAACUUCCGAUCACCCUGAUCUAUCCGUCGCUACAAUUAUUUUUUAUUUUACACACAUGCAUAUGUCUUUCUAAACUCUGUGGACUCCAGUCCGGUUCUAGACACAUCUUGAGGACGAUUAGAGCAAGCAGUAUGCACGUGACCACACUUUGUCGAGCACAGCAAAGGGUCUGUGAUAUUUCAGCAUUUUUAUGUUUGACAAAUUUACGAAACCUUCUUAAUUUUUAAAUGCAAUCAACAACACAACAAAGUGCAAAAAGGUCUGUAUUACCCCGAAAUCAAAAAUCCACACAUCAAACUAUCUUCCAUCUUGCUCACUGCCACCUUCCUAUCACCCCUCGCGGUGCCCCACCCCACACGCAGGCACUAAUCACAGGCUAAUUUUACCAAGUUUGAAUAUAUAUUUUACUGGGUACUACAAGGGCCACUGUGUGUUGCCUCACGGCUGCUGAAUGACUGAUGUAGGCCUUUUAAAAAAAUAUAUUAUAUCCAACUGCUCUCUCUAUCCGUAACAUCACUGUAUAGAGGCGACUUUGGUCCAGAGAGAACUGAACUGUUUGUCCUGUCCUCCACUCUUUUCUCCAACCAUGUUAGGGCGCAGUUAGGCUCAAGUUAACCUUAGGCGCGGGCGAAGGAGAGAUGGAGCUAGGUCACAGAGCUCUUGCUUCCUGUUUGUGGGAACAGCAUGCUCACAGAGAGGACGGGGGAUUCGUUGAAGUAAAUAGCACUUUAAUUGUGUAUUUGUGUUCUGCAGUGCAGUCCGCAAGUAUCAGACAGCCGCGCGUCUUUUCUCCUUUCGUUUGGCUCUGUGCUCCAUCAUGUUCGAUUUGAAAAGACAGUUGGGCUGAGUGAGAACGUGCAGCUUUAAAUUUAGGGGUUUUAAUCCAUAUUGGGUGACCGUGAUGGGAAUUUGUACCAGUUUGUGUUGUGCAGUCACUAACUGCCAAAGUCUAUGAAACAUAGAAGAGCUUUUUGCCUUCCGUCUAGUUGUGAAACAUCCUUGGUUGUACUGAGGUCAAGACUUGGCCAGUCAAGGUCACUCCUUGGCUGUCCUGUCUGUGUUAAGGGUAAUUGUCGGCCUGUGUUGACCUUUCGAAGAACAAGUAUUCCCACCCUGUACACCUCACAUGGAUCAGAACACUCAGGAAACUGGGAACCUCAUAGUCAUUGUUUCAUAACCUGUAUGCUGCACUACAGAGUCAAAAACAACUCAAACUGUCCCACUGUCCAAAUACUUACAGCGUGGCACUGUAUGUGUAUUAGCUCAUGAUGGCGAGACUGGUGCGAGUGUUACGUUAAAAAAAGCCGGUGGUCCUGAAAUAUUUCCCUCUUGUUCAGGUGUCGUGAGCCGUGUUUUCAUGUUCUCCAACACGCUGCAGACUCUUGUGUGUUGCACGGUAGUGUAUUAGUGUAUGGACAGAGCCACACGGAGGGUCCGGGUGGAGGGGACGCAGAGUCGACCGUGAGGGGUGAUGACAGUGACUCCAAUGAACAACGCCGUCUCUGCACCCUGUCCCUUCCACCCCUGCCCACUCCCUUAUUCUCAGGCAGGCCCAUUGCAAGGAGAGUCCCAGGACCCUCCCUCAUCCCAGUUUUUCCCCAUGGGAAAAUAUCUGAUGUUAAGCGUAGCACAUUUUUGCCAUAUAAAACGUAGAUUUAUUAGAUAAAAAAAACAAAAAACAUUGUGUGUAUGAUGAAUGAUGGAGUUAUGUACUAGGAGCCUGAUGAAAAGAUAUUUUAUUCUUCUGUGGUGCAUCAACUGUCUUGCACACACCGUGACACUUCUUCUAACACCUACACUACCCCAGGUUUUGACCCCCCCCCCCCCCCCAUCCUAAGCCAGGGAUGUGUACGGACCACAUUUAGCCAGCACCACCUUUCUGUGUAACCCCCUCACCCACCUCCGCCUCCCCAGAAAAAGGGAAAACAAAGAUGGCUGUGUAUGUGUAUAUUCUAUGUUAAUAAAAAAAAUGCCAUGAAUUGAACUAUUUUGACCUUAUAUUGUCAUUAGUAUGACGCUAUUUAGCUGCACUAUGAGAUCCUCGUUUGUGGCGAGAAACCACUGGGUCUUGUCUGGACGCGGGACAGGCGGGUUGUGUCUCGAGCUGUCCCUUUUAAAGCAACAGCGUCACCCCUGGAUGUAUGACCCCCUGCCCCCUCCCCACCUCGGUACGACUCACGGUUUCAGCUCUUAAGAGGACAAACAAAAAAAAGAGAUAUUUUAAACUUUUUUUUCUCCAUGUUCCCAUGUAUAUUUUGGAAAGCUGGGUUAAAGUGCUAUAUGCAAACAGAAAAGAUGUAUGAAAGAAUUAUUUUUCAUUAUUACUUCUCCCUAAUAUGCAAUGGAGUGUGGUGUAACAAUGGUUGCAAUCCUCUGUCACUUUAAUGCUGUAUGUGCACAUUGGUUGCUGUGUGGAUGUGGGUGCCGAGGCAACAGGACUUGACAAUGAUGGGAACUAAUGGUUGUCACUCUGCAGCGCCGCCGUGUUCCCAGACUGCCUUAUUCGUUCUGACCAAUCACAAGAGCCCCCCUUUUUUUAAGACCGGGGGCUGCAGUCACUGCCACAGGCUGACCAAUCUGUAGUCGAACGAAUAUCGCUGUUCCAUUUUCUUCUGCUUCUCCCUGGUUUUUUUCUUUCAUCCUUUCUUUCUUUCUUUUUCUCUUCUUCUGCUGUCAGGAAGGAUUUGGAGCGUGUAAAUGGCAAAAUCAUGUUCACAUCUCACUGUCUGUUCCGUGUAUCUGCUUCACCAUUCAGAGAAAAAAAACAAAAAAACAGUUGUUUUCCAGUAUAACCUGUUCAUUUUUAAGAGCCGUAUGGUGCGACACUUGUAGCUGUCACUCUUGGUGCUUGGCUUAUGCUUCAUUGUCUUAAUAUUCCAAAUAAAACUGUUAAGUGUAAUCCACACUGGCCCAUGACAUGA